AUGGACAUAGCCAAAGUACACACAGCAAAUCAACUGGGAAAAACCAAGCGAGACCAGCUAACGGGUAAGACCUACAAACGACCGGAUAUCAAGAAAGCCUAUGUGUACCUUGCCAACCAGGACUUUGAG